CAGAAUCAGUUAACAUGUGUUACUUGUGAAGGGUGAAAAUUUACAAUGCUCCUUAAAUUUAUAAAAAUCUGUAUUUCUGAAAUUAUUACUACAAACAGUACAUUUUGCAAAUAAAAUUACGUACCAACGAGGAUUAAACUACUUAGAAAACAAAUCAAUAUUAAAGACUGACAGUGUGGAUAAUAAAAUGAAAUAAAUAAAAAAUGGCCAAAUUGAAAGGAAACGAGAGGUCACAGAAAUUAAAGCCGAGGAUGUCAGAUCAGAUUGAUUCAAAUAAAUCGUCAGUGUUCAAGAUGUCUGCCUUAAAUAUUAUUUUAACAAUAAUUUGCAUAGGUGUUGCUGUUAUAUUUAGCUAUAGAGGAUAUCUGGAAACUCGUGUCAACACGCCUUAUGACGUAGACAAGUUGGUUAAUACAGCCAAAUUAAACAACUCUGAGCGAUAUUGGGGUUCCUACAGAUCAGGAGUUUAUUUUGGAAUGAAAACUAGAGAUCCUUAUUCCUUGGUAACAGGACUGAUGUGGUACUUUCCUCACUUUUUACGACAAGGAGGAGAGGGGCUCAGACAUUGGUGUGAACAGAGUGAUAAAUUGGACAGGUACGCCUGGCUAGAACACGACGGAGAAACCUUUGGAGUUCAAGAAAUAGUCGACGCUGGUGCAAUUCUGAACACCAGCUUUGUGAAAAAACCAGGAGGUAGACACGGAGGAGAUUGGACAGCUAGAAUCGGCGUCCGGUCCGAAAAAGGAGAACGAGAUGGUGAGGAAAUUUCUCUCCUCUUCUACUCGGCAAUCGAAGAGAAAACUAACGGGAAAAUCCGAGCAGUACUGGGUGAAAAAAAUCGCCUAACUGGAAUGGAAGGCAACACCGAAGGUCUCGGAUUUUUCACAAUAAACUUGAUUCCCACCCUGGGUGAUAUCGAAGAACACUCCUUCCUGGCAACCGUCGCCCCAGGUCUGCAUCUCUUAAAAGAAACCGUUCUCCAAAACCUGAGAAUCGCUUCCUACAAAGGUUCCACCAAGAAGCACAUCGUCUUGGGCGGAGAACAAUUGUCAUCCACCCACGACGGAACUAAACUGGAGCCAAAUUUUAUAGUGACCCAAGUGACAGCAAAAAUACCUUUCGAAUUUGAAAUCAGCUUCGAAUCCGGCAGCUUUAUUGACCGGAGGGAAAAACUCACAGGGGAAAGAUACGAGAAAGCACUUAGGGAGAAGCGACAACUCUUUAACGAGAAGUUUGAAAACAUCUUUAAACUCAGCUCCAAGGGUUAUAGACCAGAUGAGGUUGACUUUGCAAAAAUGGCUUUCUCAAACAUGAUUGGAUCCAUCGGAUAUUUCUACGGUUCUGCCCAGGUGCAAAGUUCCUACACAAAGGAACCUGUUCCUUAUUGGAAGGCUGCUCUUUACACUGCAGUUCCUAGCAGAAGUUUCUUCCCGAGAGGAUUCCUUUGGGAUGAAGGCUUUCAUGGAUUACUCAUAUCUGCCUGGAAUCUAGAUAUAGAAGUGGACAUCAUAAGUCACUGGUUUGACCUCAUGAACGUCGAGGGCUGGAUUCCCAGGGAAAUGAUUCUCGGGCAAGAAGCUCUCGCAAAAGUUCCUGAAGAAUUUGUCACCCAGGUUAAUACAAACGCAAAUCCGCCAACGUUUUUCCUUACUCUGAAAUACAUUUUGGACCACAAUCGAGACGAGUUGUUGAGAAAGCACCAUCAUUUUUUGGAGAAACUCUAUCCUAGACUGCAGGCCUGGUUUAAAUGGUUUAAUACAACGCAAAUUGGCGACAUGCCAGGGACUUAUCGCUGGCGCGGAAGAGACAGCACGACAAAUAGGGAAUUGAAUCCUAAAACUUUGACUUCUGGAUUGGAUGAUUAUCCGAGAGCAUCGCAUCCGAAUUUGGAUGAAAGGCAUGUUGAUUUAAGAUGCUGGAUCGCUCUUGCUGCUGGUGUUAUGUCCCAGAUUGCUGAGGUUUUGAAGAAACCUGGCUCAAAGUACUCUGAUACUUAUGAUUAUCUAACUGAUAACGAUUUGCUGAACCAGCUUCACUGGUCACCAAGGACCCAAACUUUCUCGGAUUAUGGUUUGCACACGGAUAGAGUAAUUCUCAAAAGGCCGACACCAUCGCCUAGGUCUCAGCAAUCAGCAGAUAUGGUUCGAGUCGUUCUAGAAGAUCCUAUCUUGAGAUAUGUAGAUUCUACUUUCGGAUAUGUUUCGCUCUUUCCUUUCAUUCUUCAGAUCAUCCAACCGGAUUCUCCACAGCUGGAGAAGAUUUUAGACGAUAUAGUGAAUCCAGACUUAAUAUGGACCAAAUAUGGUUUAAGAUCUCUCGCGAGGAGUUCGCCUUUGUAUGGAAAACAUAAUACGGAACAUGAUCCACCCUAUUGGAGGGGCAACAUUUGGAUUAAUAUUAAUUAUUUAACUGCGAGGGCCUUACAUCAUUACUCUAAAAUCGAGGGACCACACCGGGCAAAGGCGAAGAAUAUUUAUGAUAGACUGAGGCAGAAUUUGAUUAAGAAUGUGAUUUGGCAGUAUAAGAAGACGGGAUUCAGCUGGGAAAAUUACGGAGACACUCUUGGGAAUGGGAAGGGAUGUCAUCCUUUCACUGGAUGGACUUCCCUGACGGUUUUACUCAUGGGUGAAAUUUAUUAAUAAACGAAUCAAUUUAGGCCCUUGAUGAUGUAUAAAUUUGCCUUCUAAAUCUUUUUUUUGCCGGGUUUUCUGACUCAAAUGUGACCAAAGUUUCUAGUUUUCCAUGUUCAGGAUAUAGAAUAUAGAUGAUAAAGUGAGAGAUAAUUAAAAUAGAAAAGUUUUUGAGGAUUUUGUAAUCACACUAGUUUUUAAUUCUAAAGUAGAAUUUUAGAAAAGUAAAAAUAAUAAAAGAAGAAAAAUAAUAGAGAGAGGUCAGAAUAAAAAUAGCAAGUCAUAUCAUUAGCAGUUUGUAAAAUGGUAGACGUUCAAUUUUAAAUGUAGAGUUGAAUAAGUAUCAAAGUAUAAGAAAGCGAGUAUAAAAAUUAAAAUAGUUUAUCCAUCUAAAAUCACAGUUUUAACGCUUUUCUCAACGGAUCGAAAUAUGUAUUACCAAGGAAUUAAUCAAAUAACGAAAAGGUUCUACUGUUUGAGUCAGAAAAUUAAGUUAUUUGAAUCUAGAAAGGUACUAUGACAAUCUAUUAGCACAAGUAUCACUUUCUACUUUUCAACUUUAAGCUAAGACAACAAAAUACAAAGUGAAAAAAAAUUAGAGUACUUUUCUGAACAAUAAUUUUGUACUAUCUUCGUGGAACAGAAAUGUAGAAAUGUUUUUAUUUUGUUGUACUAUAAGCUUUUGUAUUAACUGUCAGGCUAGAUAUUUAUUAUACAAUGAGCAGGGUGUCUAGCGGAAUAGGGAAAAUCGGAGAUUUUUAUUUGAUCGGGAAAACUUUGGGAAUUUUUUUCUUUUGUCCCAAAUUCUACAUUUUUUCUCUUAAACAGGAUGAAAGUUAUCAAAAUUCUCAUUAAGAGAAGCUAGAAUUAAGGCAUCUGGUGAAUUAUUUAAGAAUAUAUUGCAAAAAAGGUGCCAAUUAAAUUUUUGUUCUAAAAAUGUAAAUAAAAUUUUAUUUUAAUGCAUUACUGGGACAUUCAGCUUAAUAAAACUUGGGGUUCCUGAUCAAAAUUUAACUUUUAAAAGUUACAAACGCUACCAGAUAAAUGUUUUUUUUUUUGUGAAAAAAUUUGCCAUAAUUUUUGUUUAAAUUGUCAACAGGUUUCCCUGGGCCAUUUUAGGCCUGAAAAUAAAUUUUCUUAAUUAUAAAUUUUUUAUAAAUACUAAUUAACGACAAAAAAUUAUUUU